AUGGACACUCAACAGUUGGCAAAAUUCGCGGUGCCAGUGGUUGUGAUCCUGGUGGCCUUUCUUUCCUAUUCAUCUCAGUACCUUUUUUAUAGUCUUGAGCCUGGCCCGCUUUCUUUGCAGGACAAGAUCAUUUUCAACACGUUGGUUGGAUGCAUAUGGAUAUGUUAUGCUCGUGCUUGCACGACGAAUCCCGGACGUGUACCCUUUGAUUGGAAACCCACUGAGGGUGAAGAAAUAGAGUCAUGGUCUCCCGGAGACAGAAUCUCCUCAAGGCACAGGUAUUGCCGUAAAUGCGAAGCAAUCAAACCUCCCAGGUCACAUCAUUGCAGAGUAUGCAAAAGAUGUAUCCCAAAGAUGGACCACCAUUGCCCCUGGACCGUCAACUGUGUGUCUCACUUCACCUUCCCCCAUUUUAUGCGUUUUCUGUGGUAUGCAGUCUUCGCCAUGGGCUAUCUUGAAUACUUCCUAUUCGUGCGAGCUGGUGUCGUCUGGGAGAACCGCAAUCUGCCCAGUUAUCUAGGGCCUUCUCCUUCCCAGCUGGUCCAUCUUCUCAUUUUGAUAAUUGUCAACACUCUGACUAUCUUUCUCGUCUCAAUUACCUUCUUUCGUACAAUCUGGGAUCUCGGGGCCAAUGUCACCACUAUCGAGAGCUGGGAAAUUGAGCGCCACGAACAGCUACUCCGUCGAGCUCGUGCACUCGGAGGAUAUCUGGACGGUCCAGAUGGUAUUCGCGUCAAGAUUGCGAAACAAGAAUUCCCUUACGAUAUAGGUAUUUGGAGCAACAUUGUGCAAGGAAUGGGGACAGCAAACUUUUUGGCCUGGUUCUGGCCAUUCUCUGCGACUCCAACAACGAGCGGGUUAGUCUUCGAAACCAAUGGAUUUGAGGAUCCUGGCACAACAUGGCCGCCACCAGAUCCUGAUCGGAUGCCCCGACUUGAUCGGUCGCUUGACUCGUCACACGAUGUGUUUGUUCAUGACCACGGCAGCCUCUCGCCUUAUGAGGAGAUGGAGGCCUUCAAACAGCGACAGCAGGCUGACUUUGAGCGACGUCCAGAUUACUAUGGGGUCCAACGACGUAAACCGUUCCACGACCGUUUUGAAAAGGAGAAUUUCGUGCCGAUCGAAAAUGAUUAUGUCAAUCCGGCCGAUGAUGAUUCUGUCAGCGGCGAGGAAGGUUGGCAGGAUUCAGGAGGAAACCGACUGAAAGACUACGGCGUCGACGAGGAUAUCGAGUUCUACGACGAGGACAGUAUCCCAAUUUCAGAACUGUUGAUGCGGCGGAGAGAAGGGCGGGAACUCCAGACCUGA